AUGAUGCAAGCUAAGAAGACCAAGUAUGAUGUCAUCGGACGUACCGAGACGAGACGACGUCACCCUUUCAACGCCGUAUAUGAAACUGGAGAAGAACUGUUCUUAGGAACAUGUGACAGUAGAGGUGUUGGUGGAGUUGGGGUCCUCGUCAACACGAGUAUGGCAAAGAAUAUCGACUCUUUCGAACAACUUACGACCCCAAUCGGACGUCUGCGGAUGAGAAGAUAUGGUUCAACGCCAGCAUUGACUAUCUUCGUCGCUUACGCUCCAACAUCAGGCUACGAAGAAGAAGAAGAAGUCGAGACUUUCUAUAUGGACCUGGAGAAGUUCUACCGAGAAGAUCAUGCCUUCUACAAGGUCAUAAUUGGCGAUUUCAACGCCAAAGUUGGCCCAAGAAGAACGCCGGAGGAAUUUCACAUCUGGAUCCACGGCCUACAGUGGAAUGAACAGGGGGAGAGGCUCUCCGAGUUCAUCAUGACGACUAAGACCAUCCAUGGGAACUCGCAAUUCCAGAAGCCCUCCUCUCUAUGCUGGACGUGGGAGUCACCCGGUUGA